AUGAAGAACGUUCUUGCUCGUCAAUGCCUGCUUAGUCGUCCAUCCAGACGGCAUCUAUCUACAUCGUCAGUAGGAAGAACGUCCACAUCACCCCAGCGACGCAAUGUUGCUGCACCAGCUCUGUCAAAUAACUAUAAGCGAUUCGGAGACAUACCGGGGCCGUUAGCAUUGCCAAUGUUGAGGCACCACGCCCAUGUUCUACCUAGAAUUGGGAGCUUCCAUCACACUGUGGGUCUGGGCCUACUAGAAGGACUUCGAGAACGCUAUGGGGAUCUAGUGCGUCUAGCCAAGGCGACAAGAUCACGCCCUGUGCUUUAUGUCUUCGAUCCAGAGCUUAUGCGAGAGGUAUAUCAAAGCAAUGCUACGGAAUCUCCCCAGUGGGUUAAAUCGCCACUGUCUGAACAAAGGAAAAACGCCGGCACUCAGUGUCCUAUGCACAGUGAUGAAACCAAAGCCAUAUGGGCUGGUAUGAGGACACUCUUGCAAGAUGGCACGAUUCUUAGAAACUAUGAUAAAGUUUUCGAUGAUAUAGCCGCUGAUGUAACAAGAAGGCUCGGUGAACUUCGUAACGCUGAAAAUGCAUUAAACGAAGAAUUGGGGACAGAAAUAUAUCGCUGGGCUAUUGAGACUAUUGGAGUAAUGAUAUUCGGCAUUCGUUUGGGAUGCCUUGAUGGCGCCGUACACGUUCCUUCUGAGGAUAGUAGAAAACCAGAGAAGACGUCGAUGGACGACCACAUAGACGAUCUCUGCUCGCUCUCGAAGCGUUGUUUGACCGAACUUACUCCAGCCGAACAAUUCGUACGAUGCUCCUUAGAGAUUGCCAAUGAAAACUAUUUAGUAAGAAGCGAACACACACUGAAGCCUGAAUCUAAAUCCUUUAAUAGUGCUUUGAAAGCCUUUGACAAACACUUUAGCUUAACUGAAGAUUUCCUGUUAAAAGCAUUAAACGAACUAAACAACACAGAGCUACGAUCAGAACAAGUGUUGCUCAAUAAGCUGCGGCCGCUCGAGCGACGCAUCCUCCCACUCGCCGCCGACAUGUUCCUGGCGGGCGUUGAUCCUCUCGCCCAAACAGCAAUAACCAUGUUCCACAAACUCUCCCUUCACGCGGCGCGGCAACAAAAAGCCCACGACGAAGUGAUCUGGGCUAAAGCCUCACUUGCUGAGGGUCUGGAUGUUCAGGACCUCCCAUACAUCUCCUCCUGUGUGAAGGAGGUGAUGAGGAUGUAUCCGGCGACCGGGGGAGUUGUGAGGAGGAGUGUUGAGGAGCUGGCUGUGGGAGGAUAUGAAGUACCAGUUGGGGUGGACAUAGUCCUUGCCCACGGUAUAUCAAGCAAGAAUGAAAAAGAGUGGGGCCGCGCGAACUCCUUCAUACCCGACCGUUGGAACCAUCAACCUUGGGAACCCUUAAAAGCCUCAAGGGCUAAUCCCUACGCUUAUAUGCCAUUAGGAGAAACUUGCCCAGCGACUGGUAUUAUUGGCAAAAUACUCUCUACGUUGGCUUCACGAGUUCUAGAUAAGUAUAGAAUAGAGUGGCAUGGACCCACUCCCAAUACUGUUACUGCAGGAGUAAAUAAAAUACACACUCCUUAUUAUUUUGUUCUGCAAAAUGCUUGU